UAUUUACUGUCUAAAUGUAUUUUAAUUAAUUUAUAUUUUAUUCAUGUGUUAUUUUAAUUUAUACUCAUUUAUAAACUCAUUUAUUUAGGAAUAACACAAAUGUCCCUGCUAUCUACCCGUAACAGAUUUUUAAUACAUUUUGUGACGUCUCUGUGAUAGCUGUAAAAUUUCGGUCUGUUUCUCAGAAUAAGCUAUUUGGUGACACUUUAUUUUAAUGCUGGAGUCAUUUUUUGGUUAAAAAUGAUGCAAAAUCAAUUUCUGAGCAAGUACAUAACUUGCCCGAUUCACAACGGUAAGCUUGUAAUAGUGUUUUCUAAUAAGAGCGGUACUGGUGGGUUUCCGCGGGAAAUUCGAGCGUGCAGCCGUUCGUCUUUGCGUCACUACGUCACGUCUGUAAACCGAAAGAAGGAGUCCCAGCUAGUAGGCUAUAUAACAUGUGACGGAUCAUUUAUAGCCUUUUCUCAAAGCAGCGGGAAUAAUUAAACUUAUCAUUUUGAUGGCUGAUUGUAUGGUAUGACAAAUUAACGUUAGAGAUUAGACCCUACAGAAACUGAAAUCUACAGGUAACGCUUAUACACACACUAAAUACACAGUCACGCAAUGCUUAUGUUGUUAACAUUAACAAUUUGAGAACAAAGUAUAUCAAUAAUAAUAAUUUGCACGGUUUGACAUGAUAUGAGCUAAGCGAUCGUUAGAUUUAAUCACCAUUGGCAGGUGAUUUGUUGUAAUGCUUUUUUUCUCAGUUGGUCAGAACAAAAGCGGCAGACAUGUUACUCACCUGUUCAGAUGACAUUUUCCGGUGAAAAUUCUUAUUUUGGUCAUACUUAAAGACUACAAUCUGUGGUUCUGAAGUACAGUAUCCACACCGGUGCGGUGACUAACAGCAAACAUUAGAUUCAUCCGCGCUGAGGAGCCGUGCCGAUGCACAACGCACGUAAAGAUGAUCAUUCCGCAAAUAACUGCAAUUGCAGGUUUCAAACAGAGAUGGCGACUAAGAGACAAAACUUGCGGACUGUGACGUAGUUACACGUUACUACAUGUACUUACUAUAGUAAUAACAGUUUAAAAUGCAUAAUCACAAGUAACUAUAACCCCAACUCUGUAAGUACAUGAAGUUAAUUAAUAUUAAUCAGUACUUGUUUGAGUAAGCACAAUGUAACAAUGUCACCUUAAAAUGUGACCAGCUAUUUUAUGCACUCAGAAUAUGUGGAAUAUAGUGCUCGAGUUGAAUGAAUUAUGUUUAUGGUGCUUUAAUAUCAAUUUUAAAGCUUGGCAGCCCCAGUCCUCCAAUUUUAUGGUAUGGAAAAGAGUUUCUUCAAAUUAUUUUGUCUUCCACAAAUGAAAGAAAGUCACUGGAUUGGCAUGAAGGUUAGUAAAUGAUGAUAGAAUUUUAGUGUGUGUGUGUGUAGUACAUGUAGUAUCUUCUUGCAUGCAGGGCACUUUCAAGACCUAAAAAACGCUGUCUUUUUCGCAAGACCUUAAAGCGUCUGCCUUGCAGCAGAUCUAGGAUCAGUUGACUUAAGAUGUUUGAUGGUAACUGGAUCAGUUACUCUGGUCCCAGAGCAGCACACCCUGCAGGUUCAUCCAAUUUGACGAGUUUCUCACAUGGGUCAUAGAUGGGUCAAGUGGGAUAGAGAUUGUCAGUAAAGAUACUGAACUGAGCUUAGGUCAGACACGCUUAUUCUCAGAUGCAGAAACCUGUAAUUAUAUGCCAUCGAGCCAUCUGUGCGCUCCUCCAUCAAGAGCUGUACUGCUGCACGGCAGAUGCACAUUUGAUUUGAUGAGUAUGUUCCUGCUUCUCAAUCAUGGCCUUUUUAAUCACUGAUACUUUAUAAAUUACAUUUGCUGUUCCUCCGCUAGAGAAUUUGAUUUGAGAAGAACAGAGAGAGAGAGAAUUGAUUAUAAAAUACCACAAUAGCAUUAAACAAUAUCGAUGUUGAGAAUACAUUGCUUACAAAAUAAGCUAUGACUUGCAAAUAUAGUUGAAGUCUGAUGGACAACUGUUAUUACCUCCUUUUUUCUGGUAAGCUUUUGUUGCAUGGAAAAGAGCACCAAAUAUUCCUGCCUAACAUCUUCUUUUGUUUUCCACAGGAGAAAUGACAUGACAGUGAGUAAAUGAUGACAGACUUCUCAUUUUUAUGAAGAUAUCAUUCUCUUUCUCUCACUUUUUUUGUCCUAUUAUUGGUUACUUUAUCAUCAUCCUUGUCAUGUGUCCCGUAACCUUCUCUAUUACCCUCUGACACCUUUCAUUUUCUCUCACACCUUCAACCAAACACCCAAUUUGAGUUACAUAAGACAUCAUUGUUCAUCAACGCUUUCCAGUGACAUCACUGUCAGAUUAUCUCUGGAUUUAGAUGAGCGCUGAAGCACAGUAGAGGUUUGUCAGCGAUAAUCAGCUUUGAUUUGACUUUAAUGAUAAUGCAUUUUACCACAGAAAGCAUUGUUUCUGCAUAUUAAGAUUGAAUAAAUAUGUAAAAAAAAAAAUAAACACUUCACCUAUAAGCACUAUAUGUCUAAAUACACAAAAAUGCACAUUAUAAUUUUACACUAGUAAUGUACUAUGUUAUUAUACUAGGAUAUUCCAUAUUUAGUUUUCUCUUCUCCAUUAUGUAACAUCAUUAACUUCUGCUCGUACAUGUAGAGGCUGUCAGUCAAUUGUUCUGCUCAAAAUUACAUUAAUAACAGGCAUUUUGAAGCCUGUCGCUGUGAGUCCUGCUGUGCUGCGAACACAUUUAGACAUUUAGGGGCUGUUUGAGUUGGCAGAGUGACUGAUGCGCUGGCAGUCGAGAUAUGCAGCAAAUACGACUGAACUACUGCCAAAGGAAAACAGGAAGAAAUCCAGGAACUAAACAAUUGUUCCAAAACAGAUUCAAAGAUAGUUGUGGUCACAUACAGUAUAAGUGAGUAAUUGUAAUUGAAUAAUAUCCCCUGAUAAGAGACUCACAGAGGUCCAGAACCAUUUAAAGAGCUCAGGAUGAAAAGACUGUUACUUGCUGGACUUGCAUAAGUCACCCCAUCUCAGGUGAAUGACUGUAGAUUACCUUGUUAGCUGCUCCAGUUGGGUUCAUAUUUGAGUCCAUAUACACUACCAUUUUAAGAAAUUGAUACUUCUGUUCAGCAAGGAUGGAUUAAAUUGAUCAAAAUUUCCUUUCUGUUCAUCAAAGAAUCUUAAAAACACUAUUGUGGUUACCAAAACUGUUUUCAACAUUGAUAAUAGUCAGAAAUAUUUCUUGAGCAGCAAAUCAUCAUAUUAGAAUGAUUUCUGAAGGAUCAUGUGACACUGAAGACUGGAGUAAUGAUGCUGAAAAUUCAGCUUUUUACAUUUUAAAAUGUAUUCAAAUAGAAAACACUUCAUAAAAAUAUUUCACAAUAUUGAUGUUUUUACCGUGUUUAAAUAAAUGCAGCCUUGGCGAGCAGAAGAGAGUUCUUACAAAAACAUUAAAAAAUCUUACCGACCCCAAUCCUUUGAACCAAUAUUUAGAUGUUCUGAAAUUAUUUACUUCUGAUGAAAAGUGUAUUAGGAAAAAGCAAUUUCAAUAGUGGUCUCAGACUUUUGGACCCCAUUAUCAAGUAUCAUUUCAGUUAUUUGUGUGCUUUGUCCAAUCAGGCCACAGAAUGUGCUAAAAUGUCUCAUGAAUAAAGGCUCCAAUUAAAACCAAAACAUAUUUUACAGCUCACUUCCAUAAGAAGGCCUUUUAAUGUUUCACAAAGAGCAUUUUAUUUUCUAGCUGUUUAGAAUUUUCUUUUUUUAUUUAUCUUAGAGGGCUUUGCUUUUUCCCAUAGCGCCAAUAACAAUCAAAAAGUGUACUUUUUUCAUCUCUAAAAGAUCAUUUCAGAGAAUGUACAGCAUAUUAAAUAUAGGCCUAGGUGUAUUUUGUCUUGUUCUUAAAUCUCAAUCAAUUUAAGUGAGAAAAAAAAUGAAUAUUCAAAUAUUCAAAAAAUAUUCCUUGAAAAUAAGUCAUGAUAUCUUAUGAAGUUUUGUUUCUCAGGUUUUUCUUGUUAUGAAGACAUUUUGAUAUUUUACUGGUAAAUGUGACAAAGAUAGAUGAGACUGAGAGAGUUGUAGCACCGUCAGUUUAACCGGUUAGAAAUGAGCAACAGGGGUGAAUCCACUAUUAGGCUAAUCAUGACCACCAUCUUCAGAAGAAGUUAUACAGGGAAAAAGGGUAUUUCAUGUCUGUCUUAUAAUUUGAUUUGCACGGAUGUUCCGUGACAGAACUGGUAGCAUCGGAAUCAGGAGACUCGGGACGUUUUUGCCGGGAAAAUCAAAAGGAUUUGACAUUUAUACGCGCUCCCGAGAUCCUCUCUUCAUCUUUGAAACAUAUAACGAAUGCUUAUUAUAUAAUGUUCAGGAUAAUAGCAGAAGAGUUGUUCUGUACUGUAACGUCAAUGUGUCGUGCAAAGAAAUGGAUUGAUUCAAACUAGUCUCACAGACGACUCUAUACUCAGGCAAUCAAACUAUCAUAACAGUGUAAUUGUAUUACCUCAUCUGUCGACAUGAUAUCGGUGAAUCGCAGAGCUGGUCCAAACAUAUCCACAUCGCUAUGGUCAGAUGCUUUUUUAACUGCUGUUUUCUCACCGCUGUCGUUUUUGUUGCGUUUAGUGUAGCUCUCAGUGGGCAGCAUUGGGAUGUUCCUUAAAAGUAGGCUAACGUUAUAUCGCUGCAAAGGUAUUUCCAACUUGUUUUUACUUCUAAGAGAAGAACGACCAAAAACUAUAACGAGUAUAUCUGGGCCUUGAUUCACGUUCAACUUGAUCGACGUUCAACACAUUCAGUCUCUUGUACAUUACGUGCAUGAGUGCGAGCACGAGCAAUAAAUUGGCUGCAGUUCACUUAAUGGCCACCGGUGUCACUAAUUACAAAGACUUUAUAUAGACCUAUCCGCUUGUUAAGUCGUGACGUAGGCAACGCCGUUUCUGGGUCCAAGCCUCGAUUCGUUUCACUUGAGAAUGCCAUCUCGACGGCCGUUUAUGAGCGCUAUUUAUUCAUAUUAAACAUUUAACAUUUUAAAAAGUUAAACAUUUCAAAUACUUACAGUCUACACAACAGUCUCCGUACUCACAGCGUCACAGACAUUAAUACGAUUUCUAUAGAGACGCGCACUUAGGACGCAUGCGCGUUAGCCUGAAAAAUGCUGUUUCGCAUCAUGUUUCGAGCGUUUAGAAACAAAAUUUAUGAGACAGGUCAGAUUUCAUUGGUGAUUUCAAAUAUGAAAUUUAAUCAAAAGCUUGGCGAACAGAUGUUUCCCCAUUCAAAGAGAUAGGAGCUGUACAUAUCCGAGAGGCGUUUCAAAGAUGGACGCCGAGUGAAAUGACUUGUCUUAAAGAGACUUUGCUAAUAACAAGGGAUUUUGAAUAUAAACCCUUUAAUAUAAAGCAUGUAGCAUUGAUAUAAUUCACACAAAAACAAGAAAAAUCAUAGCUAACCAGACAGGGAAGGUAACACUUUCCAAUGCUGCAGGCAGACAUAGAUGUGAACAGAAAAAAACGUGAAUGGUUAGUCAAUCUGUGAAAUGACUUUAUUGCAGCUGUUUGUGUGUGUUCUAUAAAAUAUCUAGAGCAAAUGCUGUUUGUAUUAUUGGUUCAUUUACUCGACACUGAGUGUGAGAUAUUUGCUGGAAGCGAAUCGCAUCCUCUAUGAAUCUUCUUAGGUGGAAACAGGUUCCUCGUCUCCACAUUCGUAUUCCCAUAUACGCAAAUCACCCUCCCUGAAAUAGAACUAUCUAGAGAUCUUCAUGUCCGGUUAUCUCCCAUGUUUCCUUUCCCCACCAUGGCAACACUGUACACAGAGUGUUUUAAUGAGAGAACUGUCUCACCCAGGUACAUCAUUCCUCCCAGGAUACAUAUGACAACAUCUUGCAAAUAAGUCAGACUUUCACUGGUGUUCCUGAGAGCGUAACAUUUGCCACUGGACAGUUUUGCCAGCGAUGCCAUCAUAUUUCAUCAAGAAACACAAAGCACUGGUCAACAAAAAACAACAUCACACAGAAAUCCCUGUAGAAGCUCACACAGAAAUGGGGCGAAAGGAGGGCGACUAUGAUUGGAAAAAGAGCACGGAUAACAUCCAGGAUGUGUUUGAAUUCAUGGAUGUGCUCGGAACGGGAGCGUUCUCAGAGGUCUUCAUGGUGAAGGAGAGGAAAACAGGGAAGCUUUUUGCUAUGAAGUGUGUGAAGAAGAAAAACAAAAGGGACAUCAACCUGGAGAACGAAAUCGCUGUGUUGCGGAAGAUCAAACACGACAAUGUGGUUUGCUUGGAGGAUUUCUAUGAAAGUCGGACACAUUACUACCUGGUCAUGCAGCUAGUUUCAGGCGGUGAGCUGUUUGACCGGAUCCUGGACCGGGGCAUGUUCUCAGAGUUGGAUGCUAGUCAGGUUAUCAAACAGGUGCUGGAGGCAGUCAGCUACCUGCACAAAAACGGCAUAGUACAUCGUGAUCUCAAGCCAGAGAAUCUGCUCUACUACAGCCCUGAUGAAAACUCCAAGAUCAUGAUCAGUGAUUUCGGCCUCUCUAAGAUGGAAGACCAUGGCAUCAUGUCCACGGCCUGCGGGACUCCAGGAUAUGUCGCCCCUGAAGUGUUGGCUCAGAAACCCUACAGCAAAGCUGUUGACUGCUGGUCUAUUGGAGUCAUCACCUACAUCCUUCUCUGUGGAUAUCCUCCUUUCUACGAAGAAACUGAGACUCGUCUGUUUUCUAAAAUCAUGAAGGCGCAGUAUGAGUUCGACUCGCCCUUCUGGGAUGAAAUCUCUGACUCUGCAAAGGACUUCAUUCGCAACAUGAUGCAGAAGAAUCCUAAGAUGCGGUAUGAUACAGAACAGGCUCUCAGACACCCCUGGAUUAUAGGAAAGACGGCCCGGAGUCAGGACAUCUACCAUUCCGUCAGUGAACAGAUCCAAAAAAACUUUGCCAAGUCCAAGUGGAAGCGAGCCUUCAACGCUACAGUGGCCAUUCGUCAGAUGAAGAAGCUGCAGCUGGCCCACUCUCAGACCUGUCUGAAGCAGAUCCCUCCAACUGUGCCUGAGAUCAAGGUCAUCGCAACAUCCACACCUGAAUCCGUCCGCAAGAAGCUGUUCGCCGAGACCCCCGAACAAAACGGCAGUGUGCCCAGUAAUCAGAUGAACUUGCCGUCCAGCUCCACCGAGUCAAAGAGUCAGUACCACCCGGUCCGGGUCAGUCACAGCGAGACCACCCAUGUUGGGACCCUUACCAUUGCAGAGAAGGGCAAACAUGUGUAUCACUCGGAGCCAGCUGAUCUAAAUGGGUACGCAAAAAGAAGCUCCAACCGAAACGGGCAGAACCUGCAGACUGGUGUUUGCUCUGUCAUGUGAUUGGCUGCGUUGGAACUUUGUGAUUUUGACAGGUCUGUGACCUUUCACCCAGCCACUAGCAGCUUUCUGUGGGCAGGUCCUGCUGCUCUGCUCUGGUCAAAAGUGUUGGCAAGACAGCAGGCCACCGACCCGCACCGCUCUGAAAUACUGAUGUUUAGGGGAGUGCCUCCAUAUUUAAACACACACACACAUGCUCACAGAGCACAAAUACAACCUGUCACACACUCAAAAAAGACACAGUAUCCCUGUAAACUCAGAGACCUCACCUAAAACUUUGUAUUUUCCCUUGAGGAAACAGUUUUACAUUAUCAAGGACAAUUAUUCUCUCUGUAUUAAAACAUUUGGAGCAGGGGUCCGUGUAACUGGACGCUUGUAUAAGGAGUAUUAAUUCUGUGCUUUUGUACAUUUACUCUCUGUGAUGCAUGGCUAGUUUGUAUUGUGCAAUAAUGUGUACCGCAGAAAUGUGAGUGUGUAAAACACUGUAAGCUUAUCGAUGUUAGAUGUACAUCCCUGGAAUAAGACACUAACUGAAGAUCCAGCCUUUACUUUAUUCGUUAAAUAGGUUUUUUGGUAAUUUAUCUAGAGUGAAGGUUUAUUUUUCUAAUGCAGAAAUUAUUAUUGUAUGUUUAUCCAUUAUAUAUUUUUGUCAUAAUAAAGCAGAUUAAAAUGAUUUAACGCCUUUUCCCACCACCAUUGUGAGACUAGCCCUUGUUUUGUGCACUAUAAUGCAGUACUAUACGUGACACACAUGUACUUUACUGUUAGAAAUACUGUACUGUAACUAAUUAUCUUGUAAGAGAUUAUAAUUAAGUGUCCUCUGAACUACUAAAAGGGUUUAUGUUUGUGUAGACUGCUAUACUGUCAAUGCUUUGUGCAAUAUUUUUACCAAUAAACCCUCAGAUUCAUCACUUAUGCCCUUUUACAAA